AUGGUCCAAAACCUAUCUCGAGAACAAUAUGGGUUUGUGAUCUGGGUUGUUGGAAACAAUUCUAUCCCUGAAGAAAUCCGCAGUCUCACAACCUUUUUGUCAUGGGAGAAUCUUGGGACAUGUUUACUUCUUGAUCCAAACGCGCACGUAGGAUCUCUAUGCUGCAGCCACCGCCGAGUCCUCCUCGUCGAAGAGUUUUUGGGAUCUUACUUGUCUUGGGGUAUCUUGGAUUUCGAUCUCUUCGUCCAAUCCAAUGCACUUAAUGGAGGAGUCAUCGAUAUGCUUCGAAGAUUCGGUGUUGAGGUUCAUAUCUCACAACCGCCUACGAAGACCAAGAAGAGAUCCAAUGCAAACCGCAAAGGUUUUCCCGAUAUUGAAUUGGGGAAGGCUAUGCAUUCAAGGGCAUUGGAGCGUAAUCCAAGCCCAAUGCUCCUAAUUUCCUCAGAUUCUCGUCUUCACACCGACGUCUCACAUAUCACGAGUCUCGCAUUUGAGAUAAUCUUGUUUCACACCAAAAAGGCUCCCAAAGAUCUCAAGGAUUUAGCAACAAAACGUGUACUAUGGUUUGAUGGUGUGUCAAAACUGACUGAGGUAAGAAUCUGA